AUGAUGACUUCGGGAUUACUUUUACAGAUGAAGAAAGCAUUGUACGGAAUGGUAUCAAAGGGGCUUUCCCUGCAGGACUGGCUUCGGAUCUUCCGACGAAGGUUGGGUUUGGAGCUGAGUAACGAGAUUAAUGCUACGGUCCAUGUGGAUGGUAAUAUGGAGUCAAGCAUGCCUGGAAUCUUCAUGGUUGGAGAUGCGAAUAUAGAUAUGUCUCACAGCGUUCCGCACGCAAUGUGGAGCACCAAAAGAGCAGUCGUUUACAUGCACGGCGACUUAGCGAAGGACUACUCGGAUGCUCGAGUGGAGGCGGAGUCAAGACAUACCAAGCGCUUUUUCGGCGAUGCGCAAAAACCCUUUGAAGCUACAAAGAGACUAUUCGCGAAGCCUACGGCAGAGCUCAAAUCGGCGCAAGGCUUGUUGGACAUCGAUGUCGUAUACGUCCUCUUCUGCAUCACGACCUUCGUCCUCACCCUCACGGAAAUCCUCCUCUACGCCAAACGCAACCUCCAACCCCUAACCUACCUGAUCUUCCAGACCGCAAAGACGCUCUUCUGGUCCACAUACUUCAUCGUCGUCACAAUCUAUAACCAAGCGGCGGAAACCUCCCUGAUAAACAGCAGCGAGUAUCAACUCCAAACCGUGGAUGGCUGGACUCGCUAUGUCCUUGCUGCCGCCCUGACGCUUCUCUCCCACAUCGCCACCCUUAUAUACGCAAGCGUCAUCUACCAUCGCUAUCGCCACUGCAACACCAGCCGCAGGCCCCCCUGCUUCUUCAGAAUAUGA